GUACCAAAGUGGAAGCCAGAAAGCCAUGUACUCGAAUCGGAAAACCAAUCAAUGGCGCUUAGUGUUGUACUCUUCCAUGUUAGUCAUCACCAUGAUCACAGUUGAUGUUGUGGCCGGAGAUUCACUAGACACCGACAAAGAAGUUCUGCUGAUCCUUAAGGCGUUUCUGCAAGAACAAAAUCGAGUAAACCAAGGUGAAUACUCAAUAUGGAACCAGAUCAGCAACGACCCAUGUGAGUGGCCUAGAAUAUCAUGCAAUGGUGAAAACAGAGUCACUGCAGUUAAUCUCGCCGGUAGCAAAAUCUCUGGUGAGGUUUUCAGAAAUUUCUCUUCCCUGACAGCACUGUCACACCUAGACCUGUCCAUGAACACUCUUUCUGGAGCUGUCCCAGAGGACCUGAGUCAAUGCCUGAGCCUCAAGUAUCUCAACCUAUCAUUUAACAUUCUUGAAAGUGAGCUGAAAUUGCACGGGUUGAGUCAAUUGACUGUUCUUGAUUUGGCUGUGAAUAGGUUUUAUGGGGAUAUGAAGACGAGCUUCCCCGGAAUUUGCACAAACUUGGUGGUACUAAAUGUUUCAUUGAAUAACUUUACUGGUAGGAUCGAUGAGUACUUUGAUGAAUGUUUGAAUUUGCAGUACUUGGAUUUGAGCUCAAACAAUUUUAGUGGUGAUGUAUGGGUUGGAUUCACAAGGCUUAGGGAGUUUUCAGUAGCUGAUAAUAAUCUCAGUGGGGUAAUUUUGCCUUCUGUUUUCAAUGGUAAUUGUAGCUUAGUGAAUUUAGACCUGUCAGAGAAUAACUUUUCUGGUCGAGUUCCAAAGGAGAUUUCAAAUUGCCGGAAUUUGGUUACUUUGAAUCUAUGGGGAAACAAAUUUACAGGAGUAAUUCCAUCUGAGAUUGGGGGCAUUUCAAGUCUGAAAUCUUUAUCGUUGGGCAAUAAUACUUUUUCUAGAGUGAUCCCAGAAUCCCUGUUGGAGUUGAGCAGCUUGGUCUUAUUAGAUUUGAGUAGGAACAAUUUUGGAGGGGAUAUACAAGACAUCUUCGGGAAAUUCACACAGGUGAAGUUUCUUGUGCUGCACUCAAACUCGUACAGGGGUGGUAUAUAUUCAUCCGGAAUUCUUAAGCUACCCAAUGUUUCUCAGUUAGACCUCAGCCACAACAACUUUGCAGGUUGUUUACCAGUUGAAGUUGCCCAAAUGCAAAGCUUGAAGUAUUUGUUCCUUGCCUACAAUCAAUUCAAUGGAACUAUACCACCAGAGUAUGGAAAUUUGCUACACCUCCAAGCACUAGACCUUUCCUUCAACAGCCUAACCGGGUCAAUUCCCACCACCAUAGGAAAAUUGAAUUCUCUCUUGUUGUUGAUGCUUGCAAGAAAUAUGCUAACUGGUCCAAUUCCUAAGGAGUUGGGGAAUUGUACUAGCUUGUUGUGGUUGAACCUUUCAAACAACAAGCUCAAUGGGACAAUCCCAUCUGAAUUGAAGAAUAUUGGGACAAAUGUUGGACCAACAUUUGAAUCAAACAAUCAGGACAAGGAUCAGGUCGUAGUUGGAUCUGGGGAGUGCUUAGAGAUGAAGAGAUGGAUUCCAGGAGACUACUCUCCAUUCAGUUUUGUGUAUACAACCCCUUCUCGGAAGAGUUGUAGAAACAAAUGGGAUCAGCUACUCAAGGGAAAUGGCGGUUUUCCCAUGUGUACUCCUGGUAGUAGUAUAAGGACAUCAAAAAUCUCUGGUUAUAUUCAACUGAGUGGAAAUCAGCUUUCAGGUCAGGUCCCUCCGGAGAUUGGUAAGAUGCACAACUUUAGUAUGUUGGAUAUGGGUUUCAAUAAAUUACACGGAGAACUCCCUGCAGAGAUCGGACAAUUGCCACUUGUAGUGUUGAACCUCAGUAGAAACAGUUUUUCAGGCGAUAUCCCAAUGGAAAUGGGAAACAUGAAGUGCAUGCAGAAUCUGGAUUUGUCCUACAACAACUUUUCUGGUAAGUUCCCUAUAAGUUUAAACAGCUUGACUGAGCUAAGCAAGUUCACCGUCGCAUACAAUCCACUCAUCUCUGGUGUAAUUCCUUCAAGUGGGCAAUUGGCAACAUUUGAGGAGGAGUCCUACCUUGGGGAUCCCCUCCUUAUCCUUCCGACAUUUAUUAAAAACUCCCCUAAUUAUGAGGAUGGUGGUGACACCCUCCUUAUCCAUCCAGAAUUUAUCAACAACUCCACGGAUCAUGAAGAUGAGGUUAUAGGUCAAGGAUUUUACAACGGCAUGGGGAUUGGGUUUGCAGUAGGAUUUUGGGGAGUUUGUGCAAGUUUGAUUUUCAUCAGGUCCUGGAGAUACUCAUACUAUAGGUUCUUGAAUUUUUCCUAUGACUGGCUUUAUGUGCGACUCCAAAAGAUGUGCUUGGAAGCUGAUGAUUAAUUAGUGGUAAUCUCUCUCUCUCAUUCACUAUCGUACCUUGUAAUGAUUAAUAAUCUAUAUACAAGAUUGAUAAUCAUCUUUUGUGUGUUUGUGUUGGAGCCUGGUUUGAUUUGGGAUACAACCACCACAAGAUGAUGUGAUUUUUUUUUUUUUUUGAAGGAGGGCCGGUGCGGCUGCCCUCAAACCUUGAUUAAUGAAACCAUAGAAUAUUAGGGGGGGACAUAGUGCCUGAACCCCGUAUUAUAAUAUGUAAUAUUCUAACAUGCACGAGAUGAUGUGAUUUUAUUAUGCUCUAAUAGAAUAAAGGGUUCUUGACCCAAAGCACCAA